AGUAAUAUUUUUCUUUUCGGAAGAAGAUCCCGACAAAGCGGCCCUGUUUCUUUUCUGCUUAAAAAAAAAAAAAAGUCGAAGAAUCUGAAAAAGCGACGAUGUACGCCAGGACAAAUACCGGCAGCACACACGGAGACUUUCAAGACAGAAACGGAGUGAACUAUGUGACAUCGACAGAGUCUUUCGGCCACUGCUCCCAAUUGUUCUGGAAAAAGGACCCGAACGACUCCGGACCAAGUUCAACCAUCAGCUGGUGCGAUCAGCUCCCCUCGUCCUCGGCAGCCCUCUCUAGCUCCAGUCUCUCCUCAGCGUCACUCUCUAGCUCCAGUCUCUCCAUGGAAUCUCGAGCGCCGGCACCAGCGCCGCCGCCGUCGGCGACGACAGCAUCAGACGACAUGGAGUCGGACGAGAGGCCGUAUGUCUGCGACCUGUGCAGCUGCGCCUACAAGCACGCCAGCUCCCUGCUCAACCACAAGCUCACCCACAAGACCGGAGACUUCAGGUGUGACUUUUGUAGUAAGCCCUACACCAACUACAUGUCCUUGCGCAACCACAUGCGAAUUCACGGUCAGAAGCGCUACAUGUGCGACCUGUGUGGGAAGGCCUUCCGCCUCGCUCGAUACCUCCGCAACCACCAGAGGAUCCACGACGAUGGGCCCAACCGUUUCGACUGUCCCUCCUGCUGCAAGAGCUACAGGACCAUGCUGGAGCUGGCACAGCACCGCUGCACUGCUGCUGCGUCCAACCAGAACCGGUUCAGCUGCCCGUCCUGCUUUAAGAGCUACCGAACCAUGCUGGACCUGGCCCAGCACCGCUGCAGCGCCGCGCCCAAAAUGCAGUCUGGAGGUCGACGUUCCAAUUUCUCCGCAGCUCCUCGCCGUCAGCAGCAGCAGCAGCAACAGCAGCAGAACAAUGCUAACUCCAUGAUGCAACCGCCGCAUGGAGGACACGGCCAGCAGGACCCGCUGCCCUCCCACUGCGUCUCACCCAUGUCCCAGGGAGGGCAGGGCAGCCAGUCUGUGCCUGACCCCCACCAGGGCCGUCCCAGCUCGGUGUCCUCUCAGAGCAGCCAGCAGAGCAUGAGGAGCUCGUCCUCCAACAAACAUGUCUCCUCCUCCAGCGCCACCCCGUCCUCCUCCUACUCCCUGCUCCAGCCCCUGGUGCCUGAGGUAAAGGAGAUGAGCUCGGGAUACACUAGACUGAGCGCCAACCCCAUGCCGAAGCACCAGGACACUUUCUCUCUGGCCCCACAGCGGCCCCUCACCACCAUCAACCCCAUCAGCCACUCCCUCCAUCCGAACGGAGCGCCCACGCUCAAGCCUUCCCCCGUGCCACGCACCAUCCAGGCCAUGCCCUGGGAGCAGCGCUCCCUCUACAAUCAAUGAGACUCCUGGGAGCAGAGCACCCCCACUUGUUCACGUCGCGUCCACCACCAACACCCACACAACCCUCCACCCCACCCCUUCAGAUCCAGCAUCAAGGAUGGAGGACUGCCGGACACCCCCCCUUGUUCCCUCAGCCCUCUUUUGGAACGUUGUGUUUGGGAAUGGGGAAGGGCACCAUUGAGAACUAGUUGAGAUUGAUUACUGAGUAGUUAGGUUUAAAACGAUGUGUUGCCUUGACCCUCAUGUAUGAUCUAUGCCAUGUACUGGAUAUAAGUUAAAAUGUCUGUCCUCUCACUAAGAAUUUAUCUCCCCCGUCCUCCUCUCCCGUUCUAGUUAUGAAAAUAUCUAUCCUUCCCAUUAUGAAUAGUGUCUCUCCCCUCCCCCACCCCGUUUCCAUAUGUUAAAUGAAAGGCUAUUUUUAUCCAGAGUGUGUUCCAAACCCUAUCGAGGGGUUACUGGAUGCCAAGUCGUCAAAGUAAAUGUGACAGAAUUCUCCCUUUGGUCUAAAAUGUCUUGGACAUAAUACCCACUUAUUGUCAAAUGAGGCUCUUUUGGAAAAGCUAAGGAGAAGGGGGGAACUUGAAUUAUUUUUUUCUUUUUUUAAAUUUUAUUUCCCCCACCGUUUCCCUUCGACCUUCUCCAGAACGAACAUUGUGAAUAUUGUGCGUUAGGAGGUGACUCCGUUCUCUGAGCACUAACAGCGAGGACCAGGACAGGAAGAACUCGGCUCGGCCUCGUUCUGCAGACAUUUCAUCAGCGGUUCGGCUUCUGUGUGCUGUGUAGACUGAAGCCGGACCUCCUCAUUUCUCAGACUGAAACCUCCCAACACGGACAGUUUGGCGCGGUUACCUGUUAUUUAACACACAACUGAACGCUCACGUUUUUUCUGAAUUUGCAUCUGACUGGUGGUUUGUGGUUAUUGUAGUUUUAAUAAUAUGUUGGCUGGGAAUCAAAUCUAGAAGAUAACAGUGAAAAGUCUCCAUCCCUUUUUGUCCCAAACUGACUGUUACGUUUGUUCCUUUCACUUUUAAAGCACUUUAGGACGAGUGCUGUACGAUUAUUACCGUCUCUGCCGCCCACCCGCCCUCCACUUACAGCUGGAAAGAUCUAACAAGGCCUUACAUCCCCUCAUCUCCACUCCCACCAUCACCAGUGACUUAGCAGCUGAACUGGACCCGAUUCAAGCUGCAGUGGCCAAAAUACAGUCUGUCUUCAGCUCCACACGGCCCCACGACGGCUCAGACAUGCCCUCCAGUGUUGCUUUUCCUGUAGAAAAAAAAGAUUUAAAAAAUAAACCAUGCCUGCAUCUCACUGCUCCCAGGAUGGAUUUAGUCAACACGCACGUUCCUAUAAGCAGCCAAUCAUGGCUCACCAAGUAAAAGCGAAUGAUGUGAAACGGUCAAUUUGAUGAAUAACAGUUAAUCCAUGGAUCCAGUAUGUAGUUCUGUUUAGGUUAUCUCGCUAACAUGGUGUUCAUUGAAAUACCCACAAUUCUACUGACAUCGUAUUUUCUCUUUUUAAAGUCGUUUCUAUUUUUAUUCAUGACAUGUUUUCAUUGUUGCUUUCUCUCUCCUUGUAAAGUGUCUUUGAGUAUUUAGAAAAGUGCUAUACAAAUAAAAUGUUUUAUUAUUAUCACCA